ACCUAGAGAAAAACCUCUGUGCUGGGUUAAUAUCAGCCACUGGGAAGAUCAGUCAUCUGAGAUUCUGGAUUCUCAAAAAGACUGUCUGCAGAGGCUGACCUUUGCUGUAGACUCAUAUCUUAAAGAACUUUAUCUGGACUCAAAUGUCCUCCCUUCAGGAACAGAACAGAAGUUCCUAAGUGUUGGUCACCGAGGUCCUGCAGAGAACAGUCAUCUUUUCUACAUCUUUCCUUUUGAUGCUCUCAACAUCCUGGCAAGACCUGAGGAGGUGAAGGCACCUCACCUGCAGCUGUCCCAGCCAGGCCACCGGAAGUGGGCGUGGAUCCCACACCCCAGAGUGGGGCUCAGUCUGACAAGUACUUCCAAACCCACUCCUCACCAGUCCCUUUCCAUCCCAGAAGAGGGCUCCCCUCCCCACCCAUUUUGCACAUGAGGAAAUGGAGGCCAGGGAGGUCCUGCCUGGUCUUGUUCCAGGACAGUGCAGCUGGAGGUCGCUCUCUGCUGCAGGGCACCUGCCAGCGGGGCCACCGUGAUGUCUCCUGCCUCGAAUGGCCUCUGGCAGGGCUUGGUGGAAUUCCCCUGGCAGGAAUUUGGGUGAGGCAGGCAGGGGUUAGCAUCCCAGACUGAAGCCAGGCCACCUGGCUCACUUCUCGGCAUCUCCAGUUCUAGCCCUUUGACCUUGGACAGGUUACUCAACCUCUCCCUGAUUCAGCUCACUCACCUGCAAAAUGGAGGUGGUAAUAGCACUCACCUCCUGCAAGUGCAAAGAGAAUUAAAAGGGUGUAAAGCCAUCGGAACAGUGCUUGGCCCCGAGAGAGGCUACAGAAGCACUCUUAAAUAAAUAAACGGCUUCAGCCCUGUCUAGUCCCGAGGUUUGGGCUCCUGCCAUUCCCACCCAGAGAGCCCUGGGUGGAGGCCCCACUGAUGCUGCAGAGCAUCUGCCCUGUGCCCCCCACGCAGCAGGCACUUUCCAAUCCUUCUGUCAGCCUCACUCCAGCAGGAUAAGGGGAGGCUUCGUGAGCCUCGUUCCCAAGAUGAGGGAACAGACCCCGAGGGGACCACACCACCAGCAGGUGACAGGGUGGGACCAGGCCAGGUCUGUCUGCCUCUGAGACUGGGCCUAGGAGAGGACCGGCCCAAGCGACGCCCACCUAGCGCCUCCUUGGUCUGGAACUCGGGCUGGGGCCAGCCUGGAGGGCACGCUCUGCCCACCAGGCUGCGUGACUUCUGGGGUGUCCCUGCCUGCAUAGUAGCCUCACUGGUGGUCGUAAGGGCCCCUCGAAGGGGUCCUGGACACCUGCGUGGGAACAAGGGCAGCCCACCUCUCUCCAGCUGUUUCAUGCUCCAGCCCAGCCAGUGCAUCGCGUGCAUGCAUCUGAGAGGCGGGGAGAUUGAGAACAGCUGCCUCCGCCUGGAUUCUCCCAGAACUCGCCUGGCAACACCCGACCAAGGUCCUCACACCAUCCUGCCAGUGUCCCAGCCCAGAGCUGUCUUCUGAGGAACAGGGGCUGUCCUGGGCCCCCGCUGCCCUCAGGCCUCAGGAGAACAAGCAGACUGCGUGGUGCGGGAGUCUCCCUGGAGCAGAUUCUGCGGCCGCAGGCUCCUGCAGAGUGUGAAGGAGACCUCAGUUAUUCCUCCGGCCUGUUCAGCCCAAACCGUCUUUUGUGGCCACCUCCUUGGGAGGCUCAGGGCUCCCACCCGCCGAGGAAGAGCCAUGAAGAAGCGGUCCAUGCUGCUGGCCCUGGUGGCCGUGGUCCUAAUGCUCCUUAUCAUUGGCCUCUGCGUCUGGCUGCCUGAGACCUUCAAGCCCCACAGCCACGUGUACCCCAGAGCUGCCGUGGCCGCGGAUGCCAAGCGCUGUUCAGAGAUCGGGAGGGAUGCAUUGCUGGACGGCGGCUCAGCGGUGGAUGCUGCCAUCGCGGCCCUGCUGUGCGUGGGGCUCAUGAACGCACACAGCAUGGGCAUCGGGGGUGGCCUGUUUCUCACCAUCUACAACAGCACCACACGAAAGGCUGAGGUCAUCAAUGCUCGAGAGGUGGCCCCUCAGCUGGCCUCUGCCGGCAUGUUCAACAGCUCAGAGCAGUCAGAGGAAGGUGGGCUGUCGGUGGCGGUUCCAGGCGAGAUCCGCGGCUAUGAGCUGGCACACCAGCGGCACGGGCGGCUGCCCUGGGCUCGCCUCUUCCAGCCCAGCAUCCAGCUGGCCCGCCAGGGCUUCCCUGUGGGGAAGAGCUUGGCGGGAGCCCUGCAGAGAAGCCAGGCUGCUAUCCAGCGGCACCCUGAGCUGUGGCACGUCUGUGGUCCCUACUGCGAGGUGUUCUGCCGGGAUGGGAAGGUGCUGCGGGAGGGGGACCGAGUGACCAUGCCUCGGCUGGCCGACACCUACGAGACGCUGGCCUCGGAGGGCGCUCAGGCUUUCUACAACGGGAGCCUCACGGCCCAGAUUGUCAAAGACAUCCAGGAGGCCGGGGGCAUCGUGACGGCCGAGGACCUGAACAACUACCGCGCAGAGCUGAUCGAGCACCCACUCCGCAUCGGCCUCGGGGACGCCCAGCUCUAUGUGCCCAGUGCCCCGCUCAGCGGGCCAGUGCUGGCCCUCAUCCUCAACAUCCUCAAAGGGUACAACUUCUCCCGGGAGAGCGUAGAGACACCUGAGCAGAAGGGCCUGACCUACCACCGCAUAGUGGAGGCCUUCCGGUUUGCCUACGCCAAGAGGACCCUGCUUGGGGACCCCAAGUUUGUCAAUGUGACUGAGGUGGUCCGCAACAUGAGCUCCGAGUUCUUCGCUGCCCAGCUCCGGGCCCGGAUCUCCGAUGACACCACUCACCCGGCCUCUUACUAUGAGCCCGAGUUCUACACGCCGGGUGACGGGGGCACCGCCCACCUGUCCGUGGUCUCAGAGGAUGGCAGUGCUGUGUCGGCCACCAGCACCAUCAACCUCUACUUCGGUUCCAAGGUGCUGUCACGGGCCAAUGGGAUCCUGUUCAACGAUGAGAUGGAUGACUUCAGCUCCCCCAACAUCAUCAACAAGUUCGGGGUGCCCCCCUCACCGGCCAACUUCAUCACGCCAGGGAAACAGCCGCUCUCGUCCAUGUGCCCGGCGAUCAUCGUGGGUCAGGACGGCCAGGUCCGCAUGGUGGUGGGUGCCUCUGGGGGCACGCAGAUCACCACGUCCACCGCACUGGUAUGUGCCACCUGCCUGUGCCCGCAGCCCCUUGCCCGCUGGGCUACACUGACCCCAUCCCCUCAUCCGCAGGCCAUCAUCCACAGCCUGUGGUUCGGCUACGAUGUGAAGCAGGCAGUGGAGGAGCCCCGGCUGCACAACCAGCUUUUGCCCAACACCACGACGCUGGAGAAGGACAUUGACCAGGCAGUGGCUGCAGCCCUGAAGACCCGGCACCACCACACCGAGGUCACUUCUACCUUCAUUGCUGUGGUACAGGCCAUUGUCCGCACAGCUGGUGGCUGGGCAGCUGCCUCAGACUCCAGGAAAGGCGGGGAGCCUGCGGGCUACUGAGUACUCAGGCAGGCAAGGUGGACCAGCAGCCCAGGGAUGAGAUGUCCGCUGGGGGUGGGGGGCUGGGAGUGGGACUUUGGGGGACAUGCUUCCCCUGUGAGCGGCAAAGCAGUGCAAUAAAUGGGGGCUGCAGUGCCAGGCUCUGGGCGGUCUUGCCGGCCAGCUCCCAAUUCCCUGGGCCUCAGCAUCCUGUGUGAAGUGGGGCCACCUGGCAGGGAAGGAUGGAGAGAAGGGAUUCAGAGGUCUGGACAGCUCAGGCACUGGAGCCAGCCUCAGCAUUUUCACUGGAACGGGGCGG